AUUUGAAAAAUGUACAAGCAGGAUCAGUUUAUUUCAUAGGAUUAACCAAAAAAAAUGGCAAAGGGACACCAAGGCAGAUGCUUUGGAUUCGUUCUCUUACUAUGCUUCUUUAGUUCAACUUUGGCACGCAGGGUUCUCAAGGAUCUCUCAAUGAUGGAGGCAAGAAAGCUAGAGAUGAACCAUGUUGUGAAGCCUGGGAUGGUUAGUUUGAGCGUGCAAGAUCAUGAGAUGUUCAAUGUAGAAUCUGAGCACAAAGUGAAGCCUGACCAUAAGCUGCAGUCCAUGCCGGGUGAACCGGAAGAGCCUGAGGACAAGAUCAUGCCUGAUUGCAAAAUGCAAUCCAUGCCGGGUGAACCAGAGGAGCCUGAGGACAAGAUCAUGCCUGAUCAUAAACUCCAGUCGAUGCCGGGUGAACCAGAAGAGCCUGAGGACAAGAUCAUGCCUGACCAUAUGCUGCAGUCCAUGCCGGGUGAACCAGAGGAGCCUGAGGACAAGGUCAUGCCUGAUCAUAAACUCCAGUCCAUGCCGGGUGAACCAGAAGAACCUGAGGACAAGAUCAUGCCUGAUUAUAAACUCCAGUCCAUGCCGGGUGAACCGGAAGAGCCUGAUGACAAGAUCAUGCCUGAUCGCAAAAUGCAAUCCAUGCCAGGUGAACCAGAGGAGCCUGAGGACAAGAUCAUGCCUGAUCAUAUGCUGCGGUCCAUGCCGGGUGAACCAGAGGAGCCUGAGGACAAGAUCAUGCCUGAUCAUAGACUCCAGUCCAUGCCGGGUGAACCGGAAGAGCCUGAGGACAAGAUCAUGCCUGAUCGCAAAAUGCAAUCCAUGCCAGGUGAACCAGAGGAGCCUGAGGACAAGAUCAUGCCUGAUCAUAUGCUGUGGUCCAUGCCGGGUGAACCAGAGGAGCCUGAGGACAAGAUCAUGCCUGACCAUAUGCUGCGGUCCAUGCCAGGUGAACCAGAGGAGCCUGAGGACAAGGUCAUGCCUGAUCAUGAACUGCAACCCAUGUGGGGUGAGCUAGAAGAACCUGAUCCUAAAACUAUGCUCGAUCACAAAGAAAAGCCUGAUCAUAAAGUGCAGUCCCUGGCGAGUGAACCAGAAGAUCCUGACCAAACAGUUAAGCCUAUGGGGUAUGGUGAAGGUAGGGGCUAUGGAAGUGGCGGUGGAUAUGGAGAAGGCAUUGGCUCAAGCGGAGGCAGUGGAUAUGGAGAAGGCAUUGGCUCCAGUGGAGGCAGUGGCUAUGGAGAAGGAAGAGGAUCCGGGUCUGGCCAACCGAACUGUGGUCCUGUCUUUGGAGCUCCAGGUAGUGGAUACGGUGAAGGCAUUGGACAAGGUAGUGGUUCAGGAGAAGGGAUUGGUAUCGGUAUAGGAGGUGGCUCUAGUGGUAGUGUACCAAGUGUAGUUGUCCCAAGCAUAUCAAUCCCUCCCAUAACGGUUCCAGGCACACAGAUUCCCGGUUUUGUGAUUCCAGGGGUCAGGGUUAAUCCUGGUUAUGGUUCCGGGGGAUGCCAAACCGGUGGUUGCACCCCAAGCGUACCUUAUUACCGCCCUCCUAUAUACCAACAACCACCAAGCUGUUCCCAUUGUGCACCUUUCGUUUCAGGACAAGACAAGCACAUGUCAGACAAAGGAACCGUGGCUGAAGAAGCUCUUGCACCCACUUCAAACGAGAUGCUCGUCUAAGCUUUCAGUGUCCAUAGAAACACAAAAGAUAAUAUAAUCUCACUCAUAAGGAUAUAUGUCAUAUUUUGGUUUGAUAAAAGCGUCACAUUAAGUUGAAUAAUCCAACAUUACCAACACAAAGUUUUAAAUAAAUGAACUUUCAUUAA